AAAAAAGGUAAAUGUAAAUAUAUAGGGUUUUAGGUUGUACUUGGAAGCAAAUCCCGGGCACCGGUAAAACCCCAAUCACUCACUAUUCAUUUCAGGAAACCGAAAACGAUGUCGUCGUGGGCCGGCGCUAGAUCUAUUCUCCGGUCAGCCUCCGCCGUCCGUACCGGCGCGGCGAGAUUAGCUGCCGCAUCCAAAGCUCCCAAAGCCUCUCCCUCUCCCUUUCGAACGCCCACCACAAAACCGCCACUCGCUGCUCCUCGUCGUCUAUUCAGCUGUCCUGUUGAAAUGAGUUCGAUGCAACCCUAUCACACGGCCACUGCUUCUGCUUUGAUGACUUCCAGGCUCACUCUCUCUCGACUCGGUUACGCUUGGCUCCCUGAAGCUUGCAACGAUGAUGUGUGAUGAACAUUCGGAGGAGUCGAGCACUAUAAAAUGUAGAACUGCAUUUUAAGACAACCGGCAGAUAAGUUAAAGAAUAGAGGCUCUUAAUGUGCUGCAGAAUUGUGAAGUUCUUCGAGCAUGAUAAGUUAGACGAUUUGUGAAUUCUGCUACAUCUGGCUUGAACUUAAAUAAAUAUGUUGGUUCAAACAUUUUGUAGCUCUUCUGCUUGUAUUGGUCAAUUAUUAUCAGAACAGAUAUGAUUGUUCAAUCAUCACACUAACUUUUUAAAUGUUAAUCAACUCACAAUGAUAGUGAUAAUUUAUGAUUAUUGGUGAAUGCCUAAAUAGCCUUUAGGCCUUUAGCAAA